AUGAGGUACAGGCGGAUGCCCUGGACGGCGGUGGCGAGGUCGCGGAUGGCCGUCGAGAGCUCUUGCUGCGAGAGGAGGGGGGCGGCGCCGGCGACAUCUGCCAGGGGCGCCGCGUCGCCCGUGGAGGGCGGCGGCUUGGCGGUGGAGGAGGGUCAUACCGAUGGUCAUAUGGGUGCUCUCCAUGUCAAUACUAAUGCACUAAUUGUUGGAGAUCAUUGUGUAGGGCAUGGAAGUGCAACAUUGGACAGUAGAGCUGGUGGCAACAUGAAGGACUAUUUCCAAACCACAUACAAAUUCUUGGAUAUGUCCCCACACGUGUUAGUUCCAAUGCAUGGAAGAGUCAACCUAUGGCCUAAGCAUAUGCUUUGUGGAUACCUCAGGAAUCGAAGGGCUAGAGAAGCCUCUAUGCUGCAAUCCAUAGAGAAUGGGGCUCAAACUCUGUUUGACAUAGUUUCAAGGACUUAUUGUGAUGUAGACAGUAAAUUAUGGAUUCCUGCUUCCUUUAAUGUCCGCCUUCAUGUUGAACAUUUGAACUCUCAACAUAAACUUCCUAAGGAUUUCUCCUUAGAGAAGUUCAAUGAAAGUUGCGGUGAAUUUGUGUCUAGCCUGUUUUGA